GUUUUUCAAGAGAAUAAACAUCACGUCAAGAACACGACAAUCAACGAUAAUUAUCUAUCGACGAUCUGACAAAGAUGAAUGCAACCCUAGUCGUGUCUAGGAGUUUGGUGAAGUGAGAAUGGAAUAAUCGUGACCGCGAAGAGAAAGAGAAACUCGAAUUCUCGUAAAUAUAUCGUCGAGUAAGUAUUUUUAUUCGCAAAAGUUAGUAAGUCGUUAGAUCUUAUUAAGCAUUCGAUUCCAACCGGAGAAACACACUCUCUGGUAUCGGGUACUGGCCAAGUGUUCGCUAGAACCGUGUCUCUCGCUUCCUGCCGCACUUCUCGUGUUUGUCGUGCUUCGACCAUAAGAUGCCUUCUUCGUCGAGGAUAUUCUGAACCCCUCCAAAAACAAUGCACAUCCAAUGGAACGAUACGGGCCGACGAAACACCAUGUCUAGAUCAAGUACAGGUUUCUCUUUUAACCACUGAAGCACCGUUGUUGUUUAUAGUUGUUUGUAAGCUUCUUAUUUCUCCAGGUGGGUGGUCUGCACCAUAACGCACGUGUUCGUAAAAAAUAUAUGAAAAGGAACAAACGUACGUAUACAGGGUGUCCCAAAAAUGUUGGAGGUCCUUGAAAAGGGUGGUUCAGAGGGUGAUUUGAAACAACUUUUUCCUUAGCGAAAUUGUUGUCCGAGGCUUCGUUGAGGAGAUAUUAACGGAAAACACUGACCAAUCAGAGCGCGCGUAUGCCGUUGGAGCGGCCGCGAUAGCGAUGGCUACGCGCUAGGUAGCCGCUCUCGUACGCGAACAAGUGACUCGACGUGCAUCGAAGGAUAUCGACGCGGCCGCUCAGCGCGUAACCUUCGCUACCGCGGCCGCUCCAACGGUAUCCACGCGCUCUGAUUGGUCGGGUUUUUUUUAUUAAUAUCUACUUAACGAAGCCCCAUCCGACAUUUUUGCAAAGGAAAAAGUUGCUUCAAAUCACCUCCCGAACCAUCCCUUUCAAGGACCUCCAACAUUUUUGGGACACCCUGUAUAUAAAUUGCCUUGCAUAUAAAAAUCUAAAUUUAUACACAAGUAAAAAUGCAACGUAUGCGGUACGUGCAUGCGUUUGUGAUUCCUAGGAAGUAAUUUAAAAGCGAAAUAAUUCCUUUUUAGUCUUUUAGAAAUUCGUGGAUGCGACGAUUUAUGACGAAAAUAAUCCUCAAAUGCUUCCAGAAAAUCGAUCCAAGACUAGUCAAAAUAUCGUAAUGAAGUUAGAGGGAAAAAAGGAUAAACGUACGGCGCAGAGUCUCUAUUGGGCAAGCUUUCCGAUACAUUAUCUCGGUAAACUGUGGGGCCUGAUUCCAGUCAGAUUCGUCACAAACGCUGCACCAGGAAGAUGCCAGGCUCGCUUAAGCACCAUCGACCUUAUCUACAGCUUGUGCGUGCUACUAUUGCUCCUCGGUUUGCAAAUUUGCGGGCUUUGGCGAGAUCUUAAGAACGGAUGGGAGCACAGCACCAGAUUGAGGUCCCGGACAACGGUGAUCGCGACGUGCAGUGACGUUCUCGGAGUGAUGAGUCUAACCGUGGUCUGCAUCGUUGGCUCGCCUUUUCGCUGGAGAUACCUGCAAGCCGUCAUAAACAAGUUAAUCGAGGUGGACGAAAAAGUUGACGAGUCGUCGACGAAGAAGUCUCGGAGGUUCACGAUCUAUUUAACGGUGUGCAGUCUUACGUACCUGUGGUUCAACUCGAUUCUUGAUUUUUAUUCCUGGCAUCGCAAAACGAAAGGGAUGACAGACCUCAAAACGAUACCGGACAAAGGUCCAAUUAACUAUAUGCCCCUCUAUCUUAUGUACACCGUGAUCAUUUUAACGGAGAUUCAAUAUACCGUUUCGACGUACAACGUGGAGCUGAGAUUUAUCAGCCUGAACAACAGCAUCAAGAAGCUAUUCGAAGGCGGAAGCGCAGCCGAUUACUUAAAAAAAUGUGUUCUUGAAACAACAGGACAAACGCAUCUCUUUGGCCAAUCAUAUGCCGGUUAUGCAACGGUAGCAAUAGUUGGUGAUACUCGCAAACAAUCAUCAAGCACCGUGUCGCGCAGACAGUUCGAAUUGGCCAGCUAUCGAAACUUUCGGAAUUUAAACGAGAAUGAAACUUACGUAAACAGUAUAUCGGAGCUGAUCACGGUACAUUCGUCUCUCUGCGACGCAGUUACUCUUAUAAACAGUGCGUACGGCGUUGUGAUACUGGCCGUUACCGUAACGUGUCUGUUACACCUAGUCAUCACGCCAUAUUUCUUGAUCUUACAAGUAGACGAAAACCACGAAUGGAUAUAUCUGUUGGUACAAUGUAUGUGGUGUAUCUUUCACGUAACCAGAAUGCUGAUAAUCGUUCAACCUAGCUAUUCCACAGUUGCAGAGGGUAAGAAAACGGCGGUUCUCGUUAGUCGGUUACUUUCCUCCAGCUUCGAAGUGGACAGUCGACAACAGUUGGAAAUAUUUUCUCUUCAAUUACUGCAUCGACCUCUUGAAUUUUCAGCAUGCGGACUCUUCUCUUUGGACCGAACACUGAUAACGUCGAUCGCGGGGGUGGUGACAACAUAUCUCGUCAUACUAAUACAGUUCAAAAACGCGGACGAUACGAUGGGUGAAGUGGAUAGAAUAAGAAAUGCGACACAAAUACUCAAGUCUGCAUCGUCGCUCCAGAAUUUAACAGGAUUUAAGUCCAUCAUAUAA